UUCUGACGCGACUGGCCGAGCUCGGGAGUACGUUGCGAUCAACGCGUUUCAGCAAUAACUCCGCAAACUCAAUGGACGCGACUGAGAAAUUAAUCCAAAUUGUAUACACUUACCCGGUACUUUACAACGUUUCGUGUCACAAUUAUCGCAGUUCUGAGAAGAGGGCGAAAGCGUGGAGGGACGUCGCCGCGUCUGUUGGUCUCUCGGUGGUGGAAUGCAAAAGAAGAUGGAGGAGUAUAAGGGACAGGUACAUCAGAGAGAGAAGACUGUGUAAACUAAAGAGGGAAGAAGGGGGGCGUCGCUUGCAUCACUGGCCACACAGAGAAACCCUCUCGUUUCUGGACGCUCAUAUCAGGAAGAGAAAGCGUCACAGUGAAUCAGAAGCUCUGGAGGACAUGGGUGGAAGCGGACAGGAGUCACCUGAGGAGUCACUCGAUGAGUCCAGCACAGGUGAUUCAAAGCCAACCGAGUCAAGACUUGAAAAAUCAAAGAGUGAUGGGUCAAAGUGUGACAAGACACAGACGGCAGAUUCAAAGGAAUUUCUCUUGAAUAUUCCAGAGUCCAAGUCUCUGAUGUCUCCUCAGAUUAAGGCAAAUAUUGCAGCUCAAUUAAAUCCCUUGUCACAGCUGCCUUUGUCUAUUGUCACUCAGCUCGCCCCCGUCAAACAGGUCCAACCAAUGACCCAGCUCGCGGUCGUCACCAGUCUGCCUCCUGGACUGAAGGUGUCACAGGCUUCAUGUUCAACUUCACCGCAAGUUCCCAUCCAGACAAAUGCAACAGCAGCAUCAGUCUCAUCCACAAACGUCAAUGGGAAAAUGGAGGAAAAAGAGGUGCUGAAGAGUCGUGACAAACCAGUUAUCGACAGAGCUCUUGAUGAGGACGAGUUGUUUCUCUUGAGUUAUGUCCCAGCCCUCAAAAGACUGACACCACAGAAAAGAGCUGCAGUUAAAAUGACAAUCCAGCAGAUUAUGUUUGAUGCAGAGUUCAAAGAUGACUAAGCAUCAAUAGAAGACUGUACAGUGUAAUAUAACAAUCUGCUGGAUUUUAUCUUUGCCUCUUUUAUAAUAAAAAGUGUUCAAAAACAUACUUUAUUUCAGUAUAUGUUUCAAUGCAACAUCUAAGGCUACCAAGUAUGAAUCUAGUUUGUGUUGCAAUGAAUAGCCUCGCCUUUUGUCUAGGUUUUGGUAGGUUCUUAAUUGCCGCAAAAGACCUUGUUUUGUAAAACAACACUAUUUUAAAUGUAUUUGCUGCA